GGGAACGCGGCGUCUCCCGCUUGGUGCACCUCACUUUCUCCAGCCGGGCAUGCGCCCCCAGAGCCCUUGGCCCCCCAGAGUCCGAGCCACCCCCUGGAUCCUCCCCGGAUUCUGCAGCGCGCAGCAUGGGAGCCCCCAGCCGCACGCUCCGGCGACGGCUGCUACUGCUGCUGCUGCUGCUGCUAAUGCUCGGCGUGUGUGGUGCCCGAGAGGUGCUGGUUCCUGAAGGACCCCUGUACCGCGUGGCGGGCACGGCCAUCUCCAUCUCCUGCAACGUCAGCCACUACGAGGGCCCCUCCCAGCAGGACUUCGAGUGGUUCCUUUACCGCCCCGAGGCUCCUGAGGCAGCGCUGGGCAUAAUCAGCACCCGGGACACCCGCUUCCCCUAUGCCGUAUUUGGGCCCCGAGUGGCAUCUGGUGAUAUUCAGGUGCAGCGGCUCCAGGGGGAUGCCGUGGUGCUUCGGAUAUCCCGCCUGCAGACCCAAGAUGCUGGCGUCUACGAAUGCUACACGCCUUCUACCGAUGCCCGGUACCUGGGCAGCUACAGUGGCAAGGUGGAACUGAGAGUCCUCCCGGACGUAUUGCAGGUGUCUGCCGCCCCUCCGGGGCCCCGAGGCCGCCAGGGCCCGUCCUCUCCUCCGCGCCUGCUAGUGCCAGAGGGCCAAGAACUGGCCCUGGGCUGUGUGGCUCGUACGAGCACGCGGGAGCACACGCACCUGGCGGUGUCCUUUGGACGUGCAGUGCCUGAGGCGCCCGUGGGAAGGGCCACGCUCCAGGAAGUGGCGGGCCUUCGGCCUGACCUGGCGGUGGAGGCCGGGGCGCCGUAUGCCGAGCGACUGACGGCCGGGGAGCUGCGGCUGAGCAAGGAAGGCGCCGAACGGUACCGGCUAGUGCUAGGGGGGGCGCAGCCGGAGGACGCCGGCACCUACCACUGCACGGCGGCCGAAUGGAUCCAAGACCCUGAUGGCAGCUGGGCCCAGAUUGGGGAAAAGCGGGCAGUGCUGGCCCACGUGGAUGUGCAGACCUUGGCCAGCCAGCUGGCCGUCGUUGUGGGCCCUGGCGAGCGGAGGGUAGGCCCCGGCGAGCCCUUCGAGCUGCUGUGUAACGUCUCGGGGGCCCUUCCCCCUCCGGGACCGCAUGCCGCCUACUCUGUGGGCUGGGAGAUGGCCCCCGCGGGGGCCCCUGGGCCUGGCCACUUGGUGGCCCAGUUGGACACGGAGGGUAUCGGCAGCCUGGGUCCCGGAUACGAGGAGCGGCAUAUUUCCAUGGAAAAGGUGGCCCCCAUUACCUACCGCCUGCGGCUGGAGGCAGCGAGGCCCGGGGAUGCUGGCACGUACCGUUGCCUGGCCCGAGCCUACGUGCGGGGACCGGGGGCCCGGCUUCGGGAAGCUGCCAGUGUUCGUUCUCGGCCUCUCCCUGUGCACGUGAGGGAAGAAGGUGUGGUGCUGGAAGCGGUGGCGUGGCUGGCAGGGGGCAUAGUGUACCGGGGAGAGACAGCCUCGCUGUUCUGCAACAUUUCUGUGAGAGGGGGACCCCCAGGACUACGGCUGGCCAAUAGCUGGUGGGUGGAGUGGUCAGGGGACUCCGGCUUGGUCCAACCCGCUCCCCAGCUGGUCGGUGGCAUGGGCUGGGACGGUGUGGCAGAGCUGGGGAUCCGGCCAGGGGGGGGUGCGGUCAGCGUGGAGCAGGUGGGGCCUCGAAGCCACCGACUGAGACUCCACGACCUGGGGCCGCAGGAUGAGGGAGUCUACCACUGUGCCCCCAGCGCCUGGGUGCAGCACGCUGACUACAGCUGGUACCAAGCAGGCAGUGCCCGCUCCGAGGCCAUCACCGUCUACCCCUACACACGCCCCCUGGACACUCUGUUUGUGCCCCUUCUAGUGGGCACAGGGGUUGCCCUGAUCACUGGCAUUACUAUCCUUAGCACUGUUACUUGUUGCUUCAUGAAGAGACUGAGGAAGCGGUGAAUCCUAACCCCAUCAUGGUACAAGCUGUCUUCCAGCCCAACAUUGGCUUACCUGGAUUUCUCUGCCCUACACUCCCAACCUGGCCUUUCUGUCUCCUGCCCUUUUUAUUUAUUUUAUUUGGGGGGACCAGGAUUUCCUCCUCUGCUCUGUCAGGCUGGGAGAUUCUUCAAAGCCGCAGGCACGGCCCCAAUCCUUCUACUUACCUCAAGUGGAGAUCAGUGCCCUACAAUCCUGGCUCUCUUAUCUGUCCUUUCCUUCUUUCUGUGGGCAUGCCCUUACCCCUUACCCCAAAAUUGGUUUUUCUAAAAUGUUAAUAAAGUUUUUUUAAUAAAAUAAAACCAGACAGGUCCUAU